GCUGCUGGUUUCAUCGUCCUGUGGGGUUCAACCUAAUUCCAUAUCAGAUGGGUGGUGCAAGUGCUAGUCUCCUCCAUCCUAUGGAUACAGAUUCUGCAAUUCCUAGAGACAGAGACUUUGGCAGAUCCCAAUUCGGCUGUGAACAUUACAAGAGAAGGUGCAAAAUAAGAGCGCCUUGCUGCAAUCUCAUCUUCCCAUGCCGCCACUGCCACAACGACGCCGCGAACGCUUUACCUGAUCCUAAAGAGCGACAUGAUUUGGUCCGACAAAACGUCAAACAGGUUAUUUGUUCAGUAUGUGAAGCUGAGCAAGAGGUAGCUCAAGUCUGCUCGAACUGCGGCGUCUGUAUGGGAGAAUACUUUUGCAACAUCUGCAACUUCUUUGACGACGAGACCUCAAAACAACAAUUUCAUUGUGACGACUGUGGGAUUUGUAGAGUUGGUGGGCGUGACAAUUUCUUUCAUUGCCAAAGCUGUGGAGCUUGUUAUUCAAUGGGCCUGCGCGAUAAUCACUCAUGCAUUGAGAACGCCACUAAGAACUCUUGUCCUGUCUGUUAUGAGUUUUUAUUUGAUUCUGUAAAAGCUGCACAUGUCAUGAGAUGUGGCCAUACUAUGCAUAUGGGUUGCUUCGAACAAAUGAUCAGUGAACAACAGUACCGAUGCCCAAUUUGCUACAAGUCAAUGAUGGAUAUGUCGUCUUCAUGGCAAUUAUUAGAUGCCGAGGUAACAGUCACAAUUUUGUAUACCCUAUUAAAUGAGGUAAAAAACUUACCAGCUUUCUCUUUACAGAUAAGGGCAAAAAAGAUGCCUAGUGAAUAUAACUAUGAGAUUGAAAUUCUUUGCAAUGACUGCAAUAAGAGCAGCAAAGCUAUGUUCCACAUUCUGGGGCACAAGUGCGCGCAUUGUGGUUCUUACAACACUCGCAGGAUUUCAGCUCCACAAGACCCACCUCCGCAAGGUGAAACAGAGCGACAAGUUUCUGAACCUAGAGAAUAAGCAAGCUAUUCUUGAUUGGUUCAACCAUAAGAGUUAUACGGCUCUGUGUUUUGCUUGUUACAUAAAGUGAUCCGGCAGGCAAACCACUAUUAGGUUUGGAUUGCAGGUUUUAGUCACAUGAAUGUUUGUAAUUGGUCCCAGUUGCUUUCACCAACUACGGUUUACUUAUGAAGUGUGAAACAAGAGGAACUAUUUAAAAAUCAAAACUAAUUGAACA